UGUCCCCACAGCCACCAACCAGUGGUUCCCCGGCCGUGCGGGGGGACAUCCCCCCGGGCUGCGCCGCCUACGGCUUCGUGUGUGACGGCACGCGGCUGCUGGUGUUCGGGGGCAUGGUGGAGUACGGCAAGUACAGCAACGACCUCUACGAGCUGCAGGCCUCCAGGUGGGAGUGGAAGCGGCUGAAGGCGAAGACCCCCAAAAAUGGACCCCCCCCAUGCCCUCGGCUGGGCCACAGCUUCUCCCUGGUGGGCAACAAGUGUUACCUGUUCGGGGGGCUGGCCAACGACAGCGAGGACCCCAAAAACAACAUCCCCCGGUACCUGAACGACCUGUACGUGCUGGAGCUGCGCCCGGGCUCGGGGGUGCUGGCUUGGGACAUCCCCAUCACCUACGGGGUGCUGCCCCCUCCCCGGGAAUCCCACACGGCCGUGGUGUACACGGAGCGCGACGGGCGGCGCUCGCGCCUCGUCAUCUACGGGGGCAUGAGCGGCUGCAGGCUGGGGGAUCUGUGGACGCUCGACAUCGAGACGCUGACCUGGAACAAGCCGAGCCUGAGCGGGGUCGCUCCCCUCCCCCGCAGCCUCCACUCGGCCACCACCAUCGGCAACAAGAUGUACGUUUUUGGGGGGUGGGUGCCCCUGGUGAUGGAUGACGUGAAGGUGGCGACGCACGAGAAGGAGUGGAAGUGCACCAACACCCUGGCCUGCCUGAACCUGGACUCGAUGGCCUGGGAGCCGCUGGUGCUGGAGACGCUGGAGGACAACGUGCCGCGGGCUCGCGCCGGGCACUGCGCCGUGGCCAUCGCCACCCGCCUGUACAUCUGGAGCGGCCGCGACGGCUACCGCAAGGCCUGGAACAACCAGGUGUGCUGCAAGGACCUGUGGUACCUGGAGACAGAGCGCCCGCCCGCGCCGGGCCGCGUGCAGCUGGUGCGCGCCAACACCACGUCGCUGGAGGUGAGCUGGGGCGCGGUGCCCACGGCCGACUCGUACCUGCUGCAGCUGCAGAAGUACGAGCUGCCCGCCGCGCCCGCGCCGCCGCCCGUGCCCUCGGUGCCCGCCAACCCCCCCAAGAGCCCCGCGCCCGCCGCGCCCGCGCCGCCCCCCGCGCCCCCCGCCCUGCCCCAGCUGGGGGGCGUGGGGCUCACCCUGCUGCCCCCGCCCGCCGCGCCCCCCAACCCGCCCGGCGUCGCCGCCGCCGCGGCGGCGGGGACGGCGGGCGGCGCCGCCGGGGGGGUGGCGGCCGUGGCGGCGGCGGCGGCGCAGGGGGGGACGGGGGGGACGGUGGCCGCGGCCCCCGGUGCCACCCUGCAGGUGCUGCCGGCGGCGGGAGGGGCUGCGGCGGCGGCGGCCAGCGGAGCGGCCACGGCGGGGAGGGCACCUGGUGUCCCGGCGGUGCUGAAGGUGACCGGUCCCCCUGCGGCCACCGCGGGGCCACCGCUGGUCACCGUGCGCUCGGCCGGGCCCGGCAAGGCCCCGGUGACGGUGACAUCGCUGCCCGCCGGCGUCAGGAUGGUGGUGCCCACCCAGAGCCCCCAGGGCACGGUGAUCGGCAGCAGUCCCCAGAUGAGCGGCAUGGCCGCGCUGGCGGCGGCGGCCGCGGCCACCCAGAAGAUCCCCCCGGCCUCGGCGCCCACCGUGCUCAGCGUCCCCGCGGGGGCCACCAUCGUCAAGACGGUGGCCGUCACCCCCGGGGCCACCACCCUGCCCGCCACCGUCAAGGUGGCCUCGUCACCUGUCAUGGUGAGCAACCCCGCCACACGCAUGCUGAAGACGGCGGCCGCCCAGGUGGGCACGGCCGGGGCGUCCCCCGCAGCCACCAACGCGGCCACCAGGCCCAUCAUCACCGUGCACAAGUCCGGCACGGUGACGGUGGCCCAGCAGGCCCAGGUGGUCACCACCGUGGUCGGAGGGGUCACCAAGACCAUCACGCUGGUCAAGAGCCCCAUCUCUGUGCCGGGGGGCAGCGCCCUGAUCUCCAACCUGGGCAAGGUGAUGUCGGUGGUGCAGACGAAACCUGUGCAGAGCUCGGCUGUCACCGGGCAGGCCUCGAGCGGCCCUGUCACCCAGAUCAUCCAGACCAAGGGCCCCCUGCCCGCGGGGACCAUCCUGAAGCUGGUGACGUCGGGGGAGGGGAAGCCCACCACCAUCCUGACCAGCACGCAGGCGGGGGCGGGGGCGGCCAAGCCCCCCACCAUCCUGGGCAUCAGCAGCGUGUCCCCCAGCACCACCAAGCCCGGGACCACCACCAUCAUCAAAACCAUCCCCAUGUCGGCCAUCAUCACCCAGUCGGGGGCUACCGGUGUCACCAGCAGCCCCGGGAUCAAGUCCCCCAUCACCAUCAUCACCACCAAGGUGAUGACCUCGGGCACCGGGACCCCCGCCAAGAUCAUCACAGCUGUCCCCAAGCUGGGCGGGGGACACGGCCAGCAGGGUGUGACACAGGUGGUGCUGAAGGGGGCCCCGGGGCAGCCGGGGACCAUCCUGAGGACGGUGCCCAUGGGGGGGGUCCGGCUGGUCACCCCCGUCACCGUCUCGGCCGUCAAGCCCACGGUGACCACCCUGGUGGUCAAGGGCACCACCGGUGUGACCACGCUGGGGACGGUGACAGGGACAGUGUCCACCAGCUUGGCCGGGGGGGCAGGUGGCCACAGCGCCACGGCCUCGCUGGCCACGCCCAUCACCACCCUGGGGACAAUCGCCACCCUGUCCAGCCAGGUCCUGAACCCCGCAGCCAUCACGGCCACCGCGGCCGGGGGUGGCCUGGGGACACCGACCAUCACCAUGCAGCCGGUGUCCCAGCCCACGCAGGUGACGCUGAUCACCACGCCCAGCGGCGUGGAGGCCCAGCCCGUCCACGACCUCCCCGUGUCCAUCCUGGCGUCCCCGACGGCCGAAGGUCCCCCCGCGGCCACCUCGGGGGGUGGCAGCCUGGCCGAGCCCCCCCCGGCCGAGGCCACCCCGGGCACCGUCACCCUGGUGUGCUCCAACCCCCCCUGCGAGACCCACGAGACCGGGACCACCAACACGGCCACCACCAGCCUGGUGGCCAACGUGGGGACAGGGGGGGGACAGCUGCAGCUGCUCUGCGAGGACGCGGGCGGGGGGACAGCGGUGCCAGCGCCCCCCCGGGCCUGCUCCAACCCCCCGUGCGAGACCCACGAGACGGGGACCACCAACACCCCCACGGCGGCGGGGACGGUGGGGACGGCGCGCUUGGGGACACCCGGGGGACCGCCCUGCCCCACGCAGCAGACGGCGGCCACGGGGACGACGAUGACGGCGCGGUUGUGUCCCCCCGAAGGCGGCGGUGGCGGUGGCGGCGGUGUCACCUCGUGCCAAACGCAGGAGGCAGCCCCGUGCCAAACGCCCUGGGGACAGCCUGAGGUGGGGACGGCCACCGGCACGGUCACUGCAGCCACCACCACGAGCUGUGAGACCCCCGCGGGGACACGGCUGUGUGCCAACCCCCCCUGCGAGACCCACGAGACGGGGACAACCAACACGGUGACAGUGGCAGGGUCACAGCUCUGCUCCAACCCUCCCUGCGAGACCCACGAGACGGGGACAACCAACACGGUGACAACCACGGGGACACGGCUGUGUGCCAACCCCCCCUGCGAGACCCACGAGACGGGGACAACCAACACGGUGACAAUGACAGCACCGAGGCCACCAUGCUCCAACCCUCCUUGUGAGACCCACGAGACGGGGACAACCAACACGGUGACAGUGGCAGGGUCACAGCUCUGCUCCAACCCUCCUUGUGAGACCCACGAGACGGGGACAACCAACACGGUGACAACCACGGGGACACGGUUCUGCUCCAACCCCCCGUGUGAAACCCACGAGACGGGGACAACCAGCACGGCCACCACCACCACGGCCACCUCGCACCCCCCACCCGAGUCGGGGACAGCAGUGCCACCACCCCGAGGUGUCCCCCCCUGCGCCAACCCCCCCUGCGAGACCCACGAGACGGGGACGACCAACACGGUGACAAUGACAUCGUCGCAGCUGUGCUCCAACCCCCCCUGUGAGACCCACGAGACCGGGACCACCAACACGGCCACCACGGCCACCGCGGGCUCCCGGCCGGGUGACACCACCACGGCCACCAGCGCUGCCACCAGCGCCGCCACCACCGCCACCACCUCCAGCACGGGGGGGUCCCCGCCUUGUGCCAACCCCCCCUGCGAGACCCCCGAGAGCGGGACCACCAGCACGGCCACCAGAGCGGGGUCCUCGCCCUGCCAGAGCCACCAGAGCGGGGCCACCAGCACGGCCACCACCGAGGGGGUGACAACACCCCCGCCCUGUGCCACCACCGCCACCAGCCCCCCCCGCGCCUGCUCCAACCCCCCCUGCGAGACCCACGAGACGGGGACAACGGCCACGGCCACCACGGUCACCGCCAGCAUGGGUGCCAGCCAAGAGCCCCCCCCGCCGGCUGCCAACGGGCAGGGGGAGGGGGAGCCCCCCCCCAGCGAGGGCGGGGGUCCCCCUGUACCCCCCGGGACCCCCAGCCCCGGCCCCAGCGGCAGCGGGACCCCCCAGCCCCGAGCGGUCACUACGGUCACUCAGUCCACGCCAGCGCCGGGGCCGGCCGUGCCGACCAUCUCGUCGCUGACCGAAUCCCCCCCGGCUCCCCCCGAGACCCCCCCAACCACCACGCCCACCCCCCCUGGAGACCCCCACCCAGCCCAGGACCCCUCCUCGGCCACGUCCCCGUCCCCCCCCGGGCCCGAGGCCGCCCCCCACCCCGCGGCCGAGGCCGGGGGGUCCCCGGAGCCGCUGGCCGUGGUGGUGCUGCCGCCGGCCGCGGCCGAGGGGGGUCCCGGCGAGGGGCUGGCGCUGCCCCCCGAGCUGCUGGCCGAGGCGGGGGGCGCGGGGGGCCCCCCCGGGCUGACCCCCGAGGAGCUGGCGGUCACCGCGGCGGCCGAGGCGGCGGCGGCGGCUGCGGCCAGCGAGGAGGCGCAAGCCCAGGCCCUGGCCAUCCAGGCCGUGCUGCAGGCCGCGCAGCAGGCCGUCAUGGGGACAUCGGAGCCGCUGGAGCCCGGCGAGCCCGGGGGGGGCCCCUCGGAGCUGGGGGGGGCCCUGGGGGUGUCGGAGGGGGCGGGGGGCGCGGGGGGGGCGCUGCCCUUGGUGCUCACCCAGCAGGACCUGGCGGCGCUGGUGCAGCACCAGCAGCACCUGGCCGAGGCCGGGACCCCCCCCGCGGCCCCCCCCGCACCCCCCACCCCCACCCCUCCCCCUGCCGCCCCCGCCGCCCCCCCCCAGACGGCCGCGCCCCCUCCCCAUUUGCCCACCGAGGCCUUGGCCCCCGCCGACAGCCUCAACGACCCCGCGGGUGACACCAACGGCCUGGGGGACCUGGGGACAGUGCCCGGGGGGGGCACCCCCGCCACCCUGCUGCCCCCCCCCGGGGACGGCCUGGCCCCCUCGAGCGCCUUCGUGGCCCCCCCGGGCCCCGCGGUGGCCCCCAGCCCCGCCAAGCUGCAGGCGGCCGCCGCCCUGGCCGAGGUGGCCAACGGCAUCGAGAGCACCCCCGUGAAGCCGGAGCCGGGGGCGCCGCCCAAGGCGCUGCCCAAGAAGGAGAACCAGUGGUUCGACGUGGGCGUCAUCAAGGGCACCACCAUGAUGGUCACCCACUACUUCCUGCCGCCCGACGACGCGCCGCCGGCCGACGACGAGGGCUCGGGGGUCCCGGACCACUCGCAGCUGCGCCGCCAGGAGCUGCAGCCGGGCACGGCGUACAAGUUCCGCGUGGCCGGGCUCAACGCCUGCGGCCGCGGGCCCUUCUCGGAGCUGUCGGCCUUCAAAACCUGCCUGCCCGGCUUCCCGGGGGCGCCCUGCGCCAUCAAGAUCAGCAAGAGCCCCGACGGGGCGCACCUGACGUGGGAGCCGCCGUCGGUGACGUCGGGCCGCAUCGCCGAGUACUCGGUGUACCUGGCCAUCCAGGGGGGGCCCGGGGGGGGCCCCGAGGCGCGCGGCGGGGGGGCGCAGCUGGCCUUCAUGAGGGUCUACUGCGGGCCCAGCCCCUCGUGCCUCGUGCCGGCCUCCAGCCUGGCCAGCGCCCACAUCGACCACACCACCAAGCCGGCCAUCAUCUUCCGCAUCGCCGCCCGCAACGACAAGGGCUACGGCCCCGCCACCCAGGUGCGGUGGCUGCAAGAGUCGAGCAAGGACGGAGCCGCUGGGAAACCGGGCAGCAAACGGCCCCUGGCGUCCCCCGACCUGAAAUCCGCUCCAAAGAAGCCCAAGGCCGAAGGGCAGUGAAGGACCCCCGGGACCCCCCCUCAAAAAAAACCAACAAAACAACCCCUGGGGACCCCCCCCCAAGCCCCUCAACACCCCCGGGGGGGUUUUUGGGGGCCACUUUUGGGGUCCCCUCGCCUCGGGGGGGGGUCGGGGGGGGCUUUUUUUUUUACCUGUUGCAGUUGCUGGAAUGAAAAAAGUUUUGUACAACGCUGCCCCUCCCCCCCCCC